AUGGACGUAUCAGGCUAUGCGCUGAUUACUGGGGCAGCAUCAGGUAUAGGUCGAGCAUGUGCCCUUACACUAGCCCGCGACGGUGCUAAAGGGGUAGCGCUGCUGGAUAUCAAUCAAGAAGCACUGCUUCGAGUCAAGGGUGAGAUUGAAAGUCAACAACAAGCAGCCACGAGUUCCAGCCAGGUCCAGAUCGAAACGAGAAUUCUUGAUGUGCGAGACGAAGAGCAAGUUAACCAGGUGGUCAACGAUAUUGCUCAGACAUUUGGCCGAAUUGACUAUAUUAUCAACGCAGCGGGCAUUGCAAAGAAACAUGAAGGAGGUGCCGCAUAUGCCGAGACUCAAGACUGGCAGAGAGUAAUUGACAUCAAUCUCACGGGAACCUUCUUUGUCCUCCGCGCCGGCGCAGGCAUCAUGCUAAAACAAGAACCCAUCAAAUCGACCAUCGAUGGACGCCCGCUCCAGAGAGGAAGCAUCGUCAAUUUGGGAUCCAUCCUUGGGGCCGUGGGUGUCCCUCUGUCCACCGCAUACACCGCCUCCAAGCACGGCGUCCUCGGGCUCACCAAGACCGCCUCAGAGGAUUAUGCUAAAGACGGUCUCCGCAUCAAUGCCAUCUGCCCGGGCUAUACAGAGACCCCCAUGACCAUGGUCAACCCUUUAGUCCGACAAAUCACCGCCGACAAGGUUGCCACCGAGGUGCCCAUGAAGAGAAUGGGCACAGCUCAAGAAAUUGCGGAUGGCAUCGUUUAUCUCUGUGGUGGGAGAAGUUCCUUUGUCACAGGAACAUCGUUAUUUAUUGAUGGCGGCUAUACUCAGAGAUAG